AUGUUGAGUUCUACGAAUGAUGAUCUUGUUUUUGAGGCAGCCUGGGCACUGACGAAUAUUGCCUCUGGAGAUAGUCGACACACGCAUUCUGUGGUUGACUCUGGCGCAGUUCCGGAGUUAAUACGACUUCUUGGUCAUCCUGCCACCUGUGUAGCAGAGCAAAGUGUGUGGGCGCUUGGAAAUAUUGCGGGUGAUGGGGCGGUGCUCAGAGAUCUUACCAUAAAAUGUGGUGUUUUGGAUCCAGUUGUGAAACUUUUAGAUCGUACUUGGAAUCUGCCGGGAGUGGUUGCAAACAUCACUUGGAUGCUGUCUAAUCUGUGUCGUUAUCGUGACCCGCCUCCUGCGCGUGAGGUGCUGAAGACAUUGCUCCCAGUGUUCAGUCGACUUCUUCGCUACGAAGGUAACGAGGACGUGAUUGGGGACAGCGCGUGGGCGUUGUCAUACUCAAGCGAUGCAGUGAAUGAUUUCACUGAUGACAUUAUUGAAAGCGGAUGUGCCCCACGCCUCCUUCGGAUCUUGGCAUCUACUUCGGUGAAAACUGUUUCUCCUGCACUCAGAACGGUUGGCAAUCUUGUAGCUGGGAGUGAUGCGCAGACACAAGCUGUUCUUGAUGCUGGUUUGUUAGAUUACAUUCCAGCCUUGUUAAGUAACGAGAAGUCUACCGUUGUCAAAGAGGCAUGCUGGCUUGUUAGUAAUAUAGCAGCAGGUAACGUGCACCAGGUAGACAUGGUAAUCAAACAUGGCGUAUUACCAUGCGUCCUAGAAAUACUUCACAAGGGUGAAUACAAAGCACAGAAAGAAGCCUGUUGGGUCAUCAGUAAUAUAAUAACCGGCGGGACAACGGAACAAUGCGCCUACCUACUGAAUCUCCCUAUCUUCAAGGCUUUGAAGAAUCUCCUUUCAGUUUCAGAUGCUAAAGUCAUCCUCAUGACUCUGGAAAUCAUCACGAAGCUCCUUGAGGUCUCUGAUCAAUACGGCCAGUUGGAACCUGCGUGUAUCGAGCUGGAGACAUGUGGAGGUCUAGACAAGUUGGAGGCCUUACAAGAUCACUGUAACCAGCAGGUGUACCAGGCUGCGUAUAACUUAAUUGAGAAGUACUUCAAUGAUGGGGAUGACGAUGAGAAGCAGGACGAGAAUGUUCUCCCUGAUGGUACAUGCAGCACCGAAGUGGCAGCCAACUCAGAGCAAGAAUUCCGGUUUAUUGCACCUGAUUCCACUUUGGGAAAAGAUGGUGACUUUCAGUUUUGA